ACGCGUUACUCCCUGCGGUAGUCACCUCGGGUACCAUGCGCUUGCGGUUAUCGGUAAUUUCGAGUUAAUGAGGCCUAUAUUUAAAUACUUCUAAAGUGCUCAGUUAAGAUGGCAACGGUCAAGAAGAUGUACUCGAGUGAAGAGAAGAAACAACUCUGUUCCUUGCUUGAAGCCUGCUAUAGAGAUGGGAUUUUUCCGUCCGGAUUGGAUAUUGGGAUUGCUGAGUUGGGGGAGGAUUUCGCCCGUUUCGAUUUGAACGAAGGUUUUUCAGAAUUUAAUCUUACGUGGUUACGAGAACACGCAAUCACGAUUCUCUUUCAAGAGAGGGCUUCAGUUCUGUCGAAUGACACGAAGAAAAAAUUAGUACAUCUUUACGAAGACUCGGGGUAUGACGCAGGAUUGAUUGCGGACUCAGCCAAGAGGGGUCGAUAUCAGAAUGAGGGUAAGAACUUGGCCUCCUUCGUGUCAUCCCAAACGUCGGUCAUUACAUGGCUAAAACAGAAGAAAGAGGAUUACGUGGACUUGGGGAACAAAUCGUACAAACUCACUUUUCUUCCGUGGAUGACGUUGUCAGAAAUGAAAGAAUAUAAGGAAGCAGAGUUUAAGGUGUGCUGGAUUAGAUGCCCUAGGGUACCACUCCAGCUGUUGGCCAUCCUUCAGACCGCUGUCGAAAAAUCCUUUGGGGAGGUGCUAAAAGUGCACCCCUUCGAGGAAUACGAGGAUGAGCCCGAAUUGGGUACAGUACGAUUCGAUUUGGAACUCGAGGCACGUAAGAAGGUGAAACCAAGACUGUUGGUAGGCAUUCCAGGUCAAGGUGACUAUCAUUUUGAGGUUAUCUCCGCUGCCACACCGUGGUGUUCAGUUUGUCGUGUUAAUUACCAUACUAACAAGGAGGAUUGUUGUCCGGCGUUCGAGGACCCAGAUCCGUUCAUGCAACAGAUGAAGCAAAAAAGCUUCCCACCUGAUCCUCCCUUUUCGGGCUUUGUCCCGACUGGUGAGGAACCCCCUCUCACGGGUUUCAGACGUUUUGCUGGCAAACGACGACCGUCAAAUCCAGUAAAUAACAGCUCCUCGAAAAGUCAACACCCUCCGGUGAAGACAAGGGGUAGAUCUAGGUCACGGUCUAUUCACAGAUCUAGAAGCCCAAGUGGGAGGUCGAGUAGAGGGGAAAAGAACUCGAGUGGCACAAAAGGGAAAUCCUUGAGCUCUGGAGGCAAGAAGACCCCAAGCCCGCUGAAUAAGAAGUCAAAGGAGAGUAUAGUGUCCAAAGGCGGAUCGGAUUCGGUUUCGUCAUAUGGGCCAGAGAAAGAGGACGAGGGUUCCAUGAAGAUUGACAAGAACGCAGAUAAUGGGGAGUCGGAGGAGGAGGAGGAUGGAGAGUCGGAAGGGGAAGGGGAUCUUGAGAGGAAUAGAUCAGUAAUGGAAGAGGUGGGACGGAACGCACUAGUAAAGGCUGUGGAAGCCGUUAUUAGUAAAGGGAGAGGUAGGAGGAGCUUCCACUCCCCGUUCAAAAGGUCAAGGACACACUCUCCGGACAGGGAGUUCAGGAAAACCGGAAGUGAACACAGCAGCCAAGCCUCAGAAACGGACUCAGGACAGGGGAUCGUGCGGAAUAAGGAUUCCGGAAAUCGGAAGUUGAGAACUGCAUUGACAGAGGCGGAACCACGAAGCACACUGGGCAGGGACGAUAAAGGAAUCCCGAAAGUGUUGAUUCCCUUGUUGUGUUCUACCUCUGAUAAGGGUGUGGUGAUUAUGGCCUCCCAAGCGAAUGACGGGAAUCUGGAGUUGGCCACCACCAAUGCAAAUGUUCCCCUUACCGGGAACGUGAUUUUGAAGAAAGUCGCCCGUAUUAUACCGGAAGGCCUCAGGGUUCGUAUUAUCCCUCAGGCUAGGGUUGAAGGGCAGAACGUGGUGAGUACAAAAGGGGAGAAAAUUCGUUUUUAUUUUGUUCCGCUGGAAAUUCACAUGAAUGAUGAAACCAACAAUAUUAUUGCGGGACAGAACAAGAGUUGGUUUCCUCUGUCCUAUCUGUCCUCGCCUCUCAACCCGGAGUUACAGGGAAUAAGAGUCGUACCUGGCGUCUCGGCAGCGGUGAUUGCAGACUGGCUGACCACCUCCGUUCUGAGGGAGCUACUCCUAACAUCUCAGUUGAUGACGGCAAUCCAGGAGCCUUGGGACGAUGCUUCCCGAGAGGAAGAAGCUCGAAAGAGAAAGCAACCCUCGGGUGGACAGGGGGUGGGGGGCCGUAUCCAGUCAAUAGUCGGCAACGUCGGUUCCCAUGCCUCUUAUGGGCAAGCUUAAGCUUGCCUCCUGGAACGUACGGGGACUAUGUGAUACUAAUCAUAAGCAUAAACGGAGCCGAUUGAAAACCUGGAUUCACAAGGAGAAAAUUCAGGUGACAUGUCUGCAAGAAACAAAGUUAAAUGAAUAUC